AGUUUGUGAUGCCUCUCUCUACGUUGGUACAUGUAAACCGUAUGCAGUCCGGCAAGUAAUCGGGUACAUUGUAAUAGUUUGACAGAACAAUUCCAUCUUUCAUACAUGCAGGGCGCAUUACUACCGAUGUAAGCACAGAGCGAAAAAAAUUGCAAUAAUAUAAUCAGUUCUGAGACAAAAGGUGGGAAGAGAAAUUUGUCGAGAAGUGUUUGUGAAUAUUUUCCCCGUUGAAAAAAUACUGGUGGAAAGGAAAAAAAUCGUGCGUUCGGUUCGGUAGGUACGUCCAUUCUACACGACCAUCGACAGUGACUGGAUUAGUGGUUGUUGGUUGAGAUACAGAAGAAAAGGUUACGCAAAAAUCAGAAAAAACCGGUGCAACUGAGACAAUCCAGAUAUUGCGGUCGCUGCAGAUAGGAAGUUAAUUGUACCGUCUUAAGUGGAACUGAAACGAUUAAUUGUCGUAGAAACUCAUUGUCCACGAGGGAGAUAAAACCGAUCGCCUGCUGGAGCACAAAGAUAGGACAAGAUGAAAGCGCUGACCUUGGAGGAAAUUCUGAACCUAUGCGGCAUGAUUGCCUACUGCCAGGAGAGUCCGUUACAUUUGAAGCGAGCAUCUACGGAGAAGCUGCGGGAAAUCUUCAGUAAAUAUGCCACCCACGAGGUCAACGGUGAACUUUUUAUGACCAGUGAAGACUUCGUAUGGAGCUUUCUGGGCCAGUCGUACAACGAGGCAUCCGUAAAGCUGCUGACCAGUAUCGCCGACACCAGCAAGGAUGGACUGAUUUCGUUUGCCGAGUUCCAGGCGUUCGAAGGUCUGCUGUGUGCCCCGGAUGCCCUGUACAAAACCGCCUUCCAGUUAUUCGAUCGUAACGGAAACGGUUCGGUGACGUACAGUGAGUUUGUCGAUGUUUUCCAACAGACCGAUCUGCACGCUAAAAUCCCUUUCAAACUGGACGGUCCAUUCAUACAGCUCUACUUCGGCAAGGACCGACAGCGGAUGAUUAGCUAUGCGGAAUUUUCCCAGUUCCUGCAUGACUUCCACGAGGAGUGUGCGCUGGAAGCGUUUCGCAUGAAGGACACCUCCGGGUCCGGGUUCAUCUCGGCACUCGACUUCCAGGAUAUUAUGGUUAAUGUGAAAAAGCAUCUGCUGACGGCGGAGGUGAAGGAUAAUCUGGUUGCGGUUACCGAGGGACACCGAGUCAGCUUUCCAUACUUCAUGGCAUUUAAUUCGUUGCUGAAUAAUAUGGAGUUGAUUAAACGCAUUUAUCUGAACGCUACCGCAGGCAGUCGAACGGAACCGAUCACCAAGGAAGAGCUACUUCAAUCGGCACAAACAAUGAGUCAGAUCACCCCACUCGAGAUCGAUAUUUUGUAUCAGCUAACCGGGGCGAUACAUCAGACGGGGGUUUGGUGGAAGCGUAAAAAAGUUAUAGAAAAUAGACGCAUAGUGUACAACGACUUGAGCAGUAUUGCACCGGAACACUACACAAAACAUAUAACCCGACGGUUGGCGGAGAUUAAAGCCGUCGAAUCACCGGCCGACCGGUCCAUCUGGAUUCAGCUGCUGGAGAGCACGUACCGGUUUACGCUGGGAUCGGUCGCUGGCGCUGUCGGAGCCACCGCAGUCUAUCCAAUCGAUUUGGUCAAAACCCGAAUGCAGAACCAGCGAACGGGAUCAUUUAUCGGUGAAGUGGCGUACCGAAACUCGUGGGAUUGUUGUAAAAAGGUCAUUCGCCACGAAGGCUUCCUCGGACUGUACCGUGGCCUGGUACCGCAGCUGAUGGGCGUAGCUCCGGAGAAGGCCAUCAAACUGACGGUGAACGAUUUGGUUCGCGAUAAGUUCACCGACAAACAGGGUCAAAUCCCACGGUGGGCCGAAGUUAUGGCUGGUGCUUGCGCCGGUGGCUCCCAAGUCAUCUUCACCAACCCGCUGGAAAUCGUCAAGAUCCGCCUACAGGUUGCCGGCGAAAUUGCUGGUGGUGCUAAGGUGCGUGCGUGGAGCGUCGUUCGCGAACUGGGACUUUUCGGUCUGUACAAGGGUGCCCGCGCUUGUCUGCUCCGUGACGUACCCUUCUCGGCGAUCUAUUUCCCCAUGUACGCCCACACGAAAGCUGCCUUCGCCGACGAGCAGGGCUACAAUCAUCCGCUGUCUCUGCUGGUAGCUGGUGCAAUUGCUGGCAUUCCCGCUGCUUCACUCGUCACACCAGCGGAUGUGAUCAAAACGCGCCUCCAGGUGGUAGCUCGUACCGGCCAGACGACGUACAGCGGUGUGCUGGAUGCAGCUCGCAAAAUAAUGGCCGAGGAAGGGCCACGUGCCUUUUGGAAGGGAACAGUUGCUCGUGUCUUCCGAUCAUCACCUCAGUUUGGUGUCACCCUAGUUACCUACGAACUGCUGCAGCGAAUGCUGUACGUUGACUUUGGUGGUUCACGUCCUACCGGUUCCGAUGUGAUCCAGUCCAAGCAGGAACUGGGUAAAGUCAACCCGGAUCACAUUGGUGGUUACCAUGCGGCACUGCCGAUGUUGAAUGGAAUAGAGACAAAGUUCGGUCUCAGUUUGCCACGGUUUGGUUCGACGCUGAAGGUACCGGUGAAGCAGCAGCAGCAGCAGCAAACGUCUUGAUCCGGUAGAAGCUGAAAUAGGAAAUAGGUCGAAGAAAUGACAGGUGAAAAAGCUUCUUUUGGCAGCGCAGGAAGACGUAUGUUAAGUUUAUCUGAGUGGUUGCGAAGAAGGUUGACGAAAACGCGAAGCGUUGAUUUUUGUGUUAGGACGAACCAGGUUGUUAGGUUGAUAUAGUCGGAAUUAGGAUAUUGUGGUCCUAUGUAGGGUUAUUACGUGUAACAAAAUGACAGGAACAGUUGAUGCUACUGGUAAAGCUUUAGUUUGAAGAAAAAGUACGAUGUUUUCCGAUCGAUAGGAAUAGUAAUUAGUAAUUUGCCAACUGGUUAAGUGAGAUUAGCAAUUCAGAUUGAUAGUUUUUGUUAGGAUUAUACUAAUCAAUAGACGCUACAAAAAUGAUUUGAACUGCAUUUGUUUCAUGUUAAACUCGUGACUGUGUUAUGCAUUGUUUUUUUUUAAGAAAAUAAUAAAAGUUUAUAUAUACAAUUAGGUGCUGAAAAUUGCAUCCAAGCUGCCUACACAUUGUUGUAUUUCGUUUCAAACAAGCAUAUGUUAAUAAUUGAACAGCCAGAUUGCAUUAGAAGUUCACUUAUAAAUUCCCCAGUAAAAAUUAAUGAAGCGCAAAAAUAGUUUUUGGGUUAUUUAAUUGAUUUCGUAAACAUACAGACUUUCUUGCACCAAUUGACAGUUCCAAUUGAAUUCUUAAAUCAAAUCAGAGGAGCAAACAGAGAACGUAUUCUUUACUUUCAAGAUUUGAUGAAAGAAAGGUCACAUGUUCAUGAAAUCAAUUAAAAUCCCAAAAGUAUACAUAUAUUAAUAGGUUCUCCCAGCUUGACAUAAUUUACAAGAGGGCAUUUUCCAAACAUUACUCAUCCAAUAGAGCAGGAAUUCGAAUGAGAGUAAAAUGUUCUGUCAGAGUCCGUACUAGAAUCCUGACUGAUUUCAGUCAGAAUUUUGGUUCAAAAUGCUAAAACCGAAUCCGGAUGCACAUUUCCCCAAACUAGUUGUGCCCGUUUUUCGGAAUCCGGCCUCAUUCAUAUUCAAAUCUAGAUCGAAAUGAUUUUGCACAGCAAGUAGUCGAAAGGUUUAUAGGCGGAAUCGAAAAAAUACACUAUUAUCACCUGCCGAAACUCAGUUGGAACUCGAUUGAACUUCGCCAUAGUGUCAGAGCUUAGAUUGUGUUGUUCAGGUGCAAUCAUUAGGUUUAUUCCAGUACCACGAGAAACUGGAAGUGUUUCGGAACAAACAGGUAGAAAGCCGUUCCUGUAUUCUCUUCUCCUCUUUUUUUUCUUCUUCUGGUAGAGAACCGUAGUAAAAAGGAGCAAAAUUUUUUUGCUCUUGUUUGCUCCGGAGCAGCAUCCUUGUCCUGGAACAAAGCUAUUAUUUGCUCAUCCAGAAUCCAGUUAUAUUCUAUUAGACAGUCGAUCCGAUCCGACUGAAAUAAAACACGGUUCCGAAUGAGCAAAGCAUUUUUUACUUGAAUUCAAACUAGAGAUGGUUGGGUUCGGGUUUUUGAAUUCGAAACCCAGACCCGACCCGAAUCCGACGGGUUUCGGGUCGGGUUCGGGUUUUGUAAAUUUAAACUUCUCGGGUUCGGGUCGGGUUCCGGGUUUUCAAAUUUUAAUUUCUCGGGUUCAGGUCGGGUCCGGGUUUUAGAAAUUUUAAACUUUCGGGUUCGGGUCGGGUUCGGGUUAUUCGAAUCGGGAAUUUUCGAAUUCGGGUCGGGUUCGGGUUUUUGAACAGAUCACACCCGACCAUUUCUUGACGCUGUUUGCGUCUACACACAACACCCAGACUCCUUUUGUAGCAUUAACUUUAUUUAUUUUACUUUACUUCGUGAUACGAAUGGAUGACACAUAUAACCAUACUAAAUUCUCCCACCUUUAAAUCGUUAGAAUUCGUUAUAUUUUCUGAUGAUCAACUAUUAUAUUUUUUAUUCAUGUAUGAAAUUUCAUCUCUUUAGAUUCGCAAACUAUCCGAAUUAUUUUUUUAAAACGAGUACUCAUGAGAAAGCAUUUAAUAAUAAGUGUUUCGCGUCUAAAAUCGAUUUACUUUUCAUGAUAAUCAUCAAAAAACCAAGUCAAAGUAAAUUUUUCGGAAAAUAUAUUGGUUCAAGCAAGAAUAAUCUACGGGAAGUAGAGACAAUCUAUCACCGAUGGCACUCAUAUGGUAAUGGUAUGCUAGUGCCACUAUCACAUCAGUAGUACAUGUAUGAAACAAGCACUUUCUGACAGAUUGUCCCCGGGCUAGGCCGUUGCAGGAUUCGGAAUUCUUCAUGAAAAUACAUAAAUUUUCACGAUUUUAAAAAAUUGAUCGUAAAAAUCGUUCAAGCCAUGAGCGGAUUUGUAGAAGUUUGGAGUCGUUCCGAGAACUCCAUUGGAGAUCCCUACUGGCGCGCAUACUGUACUAGCUAAUGAUGUGACAUCAAGAACGCGACAGAGAAUCUUGAUUGACACCCUUCGACACAAGUUUAACUUUGACCGUACCAACCAGUAACGCGGGUGACGUCGUGUAAACUGUCGAAUAAAGUAAAUGUAAUACAUUAUACAAAACUACUCUUGCAGGAAUAGUUUUCGAUAAAAAAAAAACUAGAAAUUUUGGUAAAGUACGACGGGCAAGGUUGUUUGAAUCUUUCAUCAUUAUGCCUCUUGUUUCCCCAUGCGUUAGCCGUUAGCAGAUUUAUCCUACUUUCUGAUUAAGAUAUCGACGAUUUAUAAGUUUCUCAGAACACUAUAAAAGCGACGUUUAAUAAUACUAAAUAUAAAUGCCAAUUUCUCUCGCCAGUAAUUCGUUUUGUCAUAGGUAGAUAUAUAUGGUGUUACUUCAGGUUCGAGUGAUUCUAUAACUAUUUUGGAUGAGCUAUGGAUGAUACUUUUGGAUGAUCUUUGGAUCCAGCUCAGAUGCCUAAAUUUAAAAAUCUUCGGGAUCUUUGGUUGAAUAUCCGUAUUAACAAGUCCGGUUCAGAUAGGGUUUUUCGAAUUAUAAAUUUUCUGGUUCGGGUUUUAAAAUUUUGAAAAUAUCGGGUUCGGGUCGGGCUCGGGUUUUACGUAAUUUAUAUUUUCGGGUUCGGGUUUUUCUAUUUUAAAAUGUUCGGGCUCGGGUCGGGUUCGAGUUUAUCAAAUGUUAAUAUUUCGGGUUCGGGUCGGGUUCGGGUUUUUCAAUUUUCAAGCUUUCGGGUUCGGGUCGGGUUCGGGUUCGAAAAAAUUGAAACCCGAUCAUCUCUAAUUCAAACUAGAAUUUCGAUGGAAUUCAUCCAGAAUUCCAGUUCAAAUGUAACAAUCGACUUUGGCCUAAACCGGAAUUUAGCUACAAGCGAAAAUCAAUCGAGUUACAGCUAUGCUCCGCCAAGUGGCGGUAGUGUACAGCCGGAAUUUCUCAACCAAUCCAAGUUGGCUGUAAUAAAACAUGAGACCAGAUAGGCGAAACAUUUUCUGCCAUAAUACCAAUUGGAAUAUUAAAGAUUACAGUCGCGAUUCCGGCUUAAAUGCAUCAACCGAUUCUAGCUGAACUUCACCCUAAACCGAUUGCGCCUGAAUACAAGCAGAAUCCAGACACUAUGGUGAAUAUCAAUUGAGUUACAGCUAUUACCCGGUAGGUGGCGUUAGCAUACAGGGCCCUAUUCUGCGCGGCGUGUGACGUGAGACGACUAACUUCACCUCACUUUAUGUGACUUUUCUCACCCUAUUCGGAGAGUCGACUCGGGUGAGGUGAGAUUCCCCAUUGCGAUUAAAUGAGCGUCUCACGUCACCCGAAGUGACUCUUCAGAAUCCGGUGAAAAAAGUCACGUAGAGUGAGGUGAGAUUAGUCGUGUCACGUCACACGCCGCGCAGAGUAGGACCGACAGUAUACAGUUAGUUCGAUUCCAGUCAAAAUCUUUCGGCUGAGCGUUUUCGAUUAUUUCGAUUUCUCUCGGAAUCUUUUGAUUUUCGAAAUCAUUUCCGUUCUCGAUUUCAAUUAGAACAAUCCGAAAGCCGGAAAAAUGAGUGGACCGGGAAAGUAACAUUCCGACGCCUAUCAAGUCAAAAUCGGUUGUUGCACUUGAAAUGGUUUGACCUGAUUGUGAGGAAAUUCAGUUUAGUUUCCGGUAUACAUCAACUAGAUUGAAUCUUACAGUUCUCGGCAAACAUAUGAGGUCGUAUAAGCCAACUGUCAAAAGUCUCUUUGAGCGGAAAUUCCGGACAAACCGUUAGGGAUGAUCCAUAAAUGACGUAGCAUUUUUGAGUGAUUUUUAACACCCCCCCUCCCCCAUCGUAGCAUUUCGUCACAAACCUCUAAAUACCUAGUGUCUAACUAGUGCUAAUUUGGGUACUAGUUCAGAUACAUAGUCUAACUGGACACCCAGAUAGUACUUGUUACUGACGAGGAGAAUCCGAAACACUAAAAAAAAACCAUGCUCUAACUACCCCCCUGGUAAUUACGUAGCUUGACGGUAACUCUGUCCCCCCCCCCUUGUCAGCGUAAAUUUUUUUAAAAAUUCUAUUCUAUUCCCCUUUAAAAAAGCUACAUAGCAUGACAUGACCCCCUACCCCCGUGUCGUCACACAUCAUCACAAAAUACAAAACUCCCCCUCCCCCAUAUAAUGCUACGUCAUUUAUGGAUGAUCCCUUACUACAGACUCUACACAGAUUAGCGAAGUGUCAAAAAAUGCAACCAAACGGACUGUUAAAAACUGCAACCAAAUGAGCAUGAGGAUAUUGUGAGGGGAAGUAAAGAGGAAAGCACAUACAAACAGGGUGGCCAGAUAGAAUUCCUUAAUAUCGGUAGGGUCACUAACAGUUUAUCGGUAGUUGUCGGUAGGCCGGGUUGUUGUCCCAAAAACGUAGUAUUGACAUAGAACUGUAAAAUACUGACAACACAGAUCUCAGACCAAAUCCAACCCAAAAAAUGAAUGUUGAGUAGGAUGUGUCCAAAAUCAAUAAAAAUCGGUAGUUUUCGGUAGGAAUAACAAAACAUCGGUAGUUUUGCCUUGUUCGUCUGUGAAUCGGUAGGGAAGACCAAAAUCGGUAGGACUACCGAUAAAUCGGUAGGUCUGGCCACCCUGCAUACAAAGCUUAUGGGAUCUUCCGUGAUGCCAGUAAAUAUUCAUGGUUGCUAGUUUUACUGUUUUUGUCUCCGAAAGUCUGUUACCGCUACUCACCAAUCACGGAUGUAGGUAGUAAACAAAAGAGAAAAGUUUUCAGAUGAUGUGAACUAUGUUAGGCUAGUAACGGUUGGUCCAGAAUUUCCUUUCAAGGAGAAUUUCGAUAUUUGGCUUUUACCCCGUAAUCAUAUGCUUGUCGAUAGUUGAUCGCUUUUGGUUCAGUUAUAGUAAUGCGGCAGUGUGACCUCGUUCAAAUGCGCCUGACAGCAUGCUUCCCAGGUAACCGAAAGAGAAAAAAUAGUUUGGGUAGAAUUUCUGAGGAUCUGACGACGACCAUCUUUGAAAGAAGCAGUUUUUUCCACACGAUCGGCAAAAGUUUUAUGAAAAUCAACCAGUGGUAUUCUAAUAAUACUCCGAAUACAGUGAUUGCUUUUCAUGAAGAUUAUGUAAGCUGGUAGAGAAAAAAACUGUAUAUUUAGUUUUCAAAGAUGGCCGCUUUUUGGGGCUCUGAU